UUUCAAAAUAAUUCAAACGUUUCGCGACUGUUCACCAGUACGGACGUCCAACCCAAACCUUUAGGUUCUCUGACUAAGCUCCUGAUCAUCGUUGUUUGUUUCUCAACCUCCCCAUCCGUCGUUUUAUUUUCGUUUCAUUUCUGGGAAAAAGUUCUUGCCGAAGGUGUUUGCUUCCUGGAAAGCAGCAGCAGCGAAUAAAAAGUGAUUUGAAAGAGGUGUUUCGGUGCUCAAGGGAAAGGCUUUCGGCGCAAAUAUCCUGUUUAGUCGCGCGGAAGUAACUCCGGGUUCAAGUGGAUCGCGUGUUGCGGGCUUUGUGCGCGUACAAACCGGAAUCGAGUGUAACGUCCGCUGAUAGGCGCGCGCAUAUUGUGGUUUGAAUCGAAUCUCGCGUGUGUGCAUAUCGUCAUCGUCGUAACACCCCAAGAUGAUGGAGAAGGAACCGGAUUCGAUGGCGGUCACCAUGAAGCAGGAUUAUGCAGCCAGUGAAGUCUACAGCACUACGAGCGAGGCGCCACCUGCAUACAAAAUCCGCCAGGCCAACUCGGUCAAGAUUGCCCGGAUUGUGGCCGUCACCGUGAUCCUGUCGUCGUUCAUCCUGGGCUCGUUUAUGCUCGCUUCGACGUACCUGCAGGCGAAGCAGUCCUGCGACCAGAUGCAAACCCUGGAUGCCGUCCUCAACAAGGAACUGAUGCUGGAGGCGAUGCAACAGGAACUCCCCAAAGCGCAAGCCUUGAUGCAAGACAACCUAUCGGCGGAUGAGGCCAACCUGCAGAGCAUCGACCGGGAAGAGAAGCCGAAAAAGACCGCCGAGAAGCCACAGGAGAAGAAGGAAUCGGUCGAGAGCGCCGACGCCGAAGACGAUGACGAAUCGGCCGCCGACGGGGAGAGCGACGAGAGCGCCGACAUGAACUCCAACAACCGGGUGCGCGUCAAGCUGCCGCUGGAUCUGGACCUGUCCGAGCUGGCCCACACCAUGCUGCGAGAUAAUCACAAGUCCAAGAUGAACUGUGUCGUUGAGCGACGCCGGUCAGAGGAGAUGGUUGACUCGCCAGCCAAGACCAUGCGAUUGCCAUUCGGAAUGGAGUUCAACACCGAACCCAAGAAGCAGAAGGUCACCGGAGAACGUAUUGCCAUCUUCUGCGAAACCGGAAACGAACCAAAGAAUGAAGACGCUGAGCCCGUGCGUCAAGUCCUGAUCCCCAUCCCUCCGAUCCGCUCGUUCGGCCCUAUCACCCACCUGCCCCAGCAGAUGCCCCCACAGCCAAUGAUGCGUCAAAUGAGCCGACCAAUCUUUCCCAUCCCGAUGAUGAGCCACCACCAGCAACCCCAGCAGAUGCCUCCAGUCCCGGCCCAGAUGAUGCAGGCUCCUCACCCCGAAAACCCCAUGAUCCGUCCAGCCUUCCAUGCCCAACCUCAACCCAUGAUCCACGCCCAACAGCCCCAGCAGCCACAAUCCACUUUCCCACAGCAGAUGCAGCCACCACGCGCCGAAGUCCGCAUCCAGUUCCAGCGUAUUCCAAUCCCGGAAGCUAUCCGACCAUUCCUGCCCCCACAGGCUCUCCGCAACGGCCCGGAACAACCCGAAGUUCAGAUCCGUGAAGUGCCGCUGGAGAUGGCUCUGCAGAAGGUAGGUCUGUCGGCCGAUGAGCUGAAGGACAUCCACGAAAUCGCUGCCCAGAAGUUCACCGAACAACUGAAGCAACUGAUCGGAGAGAUGGCCGACUCGGAAGAAAGCAGCGACGAGGAAACCGAUUCGUAUCGUACCACCCCUGCCCAGGAACCCGCCUCGCAGCACUCCGAGGAACGGGAACUCCAGGAACAGCAGCCUCCCCGCCCACAGGAACCAGAGCCUCAGGUACGCAACGUCGAACCACAGAUCCUCCCCAUGGGACGUGCCCAGUAUGCCCGAUCUCUGGUUAACCCGAUCAACCUUCCCGGAAAGGUCGUAGAAUCGUCCCUGUCUGUUUCAUCGGAUGAGGAUGCGGAACGUCCACACUACGUUCAACCACGAUCGGUCUAAGCACGGACUGUAAUCAAGCGCGCAAAUGUUUCCAUUCCUGAAAAAUACAGUGAAACAUUCCAGCACGUUUGCUCAUGUGAUUGUAAAAAUUAAAACAGAUGUUUUGAAGGAAGUUUAUACAAACAGUAAACCGAAUCGAUAAGUAUUAGCCAGAAGCGAGACAAAGAAGUAGGGGAGAACGGAAAACAAUACAAAUCAACGAGAGAAGAUUGUGAAUGUGUAAAUAAUUGUUAGAAACUUUCAAAACCACCAAAACAACCAAUCGUUCCAGAACACAAACAAAAAAGAAAAAGAGCAAUCGAAAACAACUAAAUCCACAAAUGCCACUAUAGAGAUGUCAGUAGAUUAUAAUGCAGAAUCAGCAAAUCAAUUGAUACGAAACAAAAGUAAACUGAAGAUCUUUUUUUGCUCUAGAACAACUGAAAGGUUUCCUAAAUAUAUUAAUAGAGAGUAUAGUAGAAGAACAAGAGAAAAAUCGAGAAAAAUCAAGAACGAUAUUGUUUAUAAAAGUUUUUAAAGUAAACUUGAAAAUAACGUACAAUCGGAUUGGUUGACAAUCCACCAAAAUUUUAUUAGUUUUGAACCAUUUCAAAUAAAGAUGUUUUUACUAAUUAUAAUAAA